UCACUAUCACCAUCAUCGCCACUGGUAUUUAUGCAGCGCGGCGCUUUUAGUGAACAGCUCACUGCCUUUGAACACUCAGUCAAAACCAGGCCUGUUUGACCAUUCACUGACAGCAGGUUUACAGACAUUUCAGCUGGGAGCAAAAACAUAUCUGUAUGCAUUCCUGCCAUUCAUAUUUCUUUCCUUACAUAUUCCCCCACUACGCUGUAGUUAUUCAACAGACAGGGAUAUCUCUUUUGGCAGUUAAAUGUGUUCCAUUACACAAGCUGCAUUUGUGCAUAUUUGAGUCUGUAUAAUGUAGUGAUGUGUACUGAUGGCUUCAGUGGUCUUAUCUUAUCUAUGUAGAUUGCUAUCUCUGCACUUGACAUUUCUUGACAUCACUUUGACCUCUGCAUCUCAGAAACACAUAUAAAAAGCAAACAGCUUUGUGAAAUAAAACCCACUCUUGAGAAACCUCCACCAGUUCCCCAUUUAUCUCAAUCUCAUGGCGACGCUAACAAACCAUAGUAGUGUGUUGGAAACGGUAGCUGGUCAACAGCCAAGUCGGAGCCAACCCUCUCCAUUCGGGCGGAGAGGGGCUUUAAUUGGCCAGACAUGUGCAUAGGACAGCCAUGAGGACGACAGGUCUGUUUGCCAAGAGAUUAUUUAUGGGAUUGAGAGAGUUCCCGCCAGUAAGAAGCCGUUAAGACAAGGAGGAAAAACCGGGAGAUGGGAAAGCGAAAGAGAAUCUUGUUCAACAGGUUUUGGGAUCAUUCCUCCCAUAGUAAUUUGUUGACUCCAUCUAGUGUUGCUACUGAUAGCAGGUGCGGCUGACAUGACAGGAUGAUAACCCACAGAGGAUAAUUGCUCAUGACAUCAGUUAGCGGAGCAUAACAUAACCUGCAGACAAAGGUUACAUUGAUGAUAAUAAACAGUUUUAAUAUGGACUCAACAUAUUCCAUAUUCUGCAGCUUUGAUAUGUCCAGGACACACACAAGAAGACAAUCAUUAAUUAUAAACACAGUCAGUCUCACGCACACACACACACACACACAAAUGUAAACACAUCUCUCUUGUCUAGACUAGUGCACACCUGUCUCCCUUUGGAAAUUGACAACGGCAAGCUCACCUCACCCCUGCCACCAUCACCACACCCAUACCUCUUUCCUCACCCUCAGCAGUCCGUCUGCCCCUGUACGCUCAGAAGCAACUGAGGCCCAUGAGAGGCAGCUGGCCAAGAAGAAAGCCCCAUUUGCAUGAGCUGUCCAACACGAGAAGCACGACCAAGAGCUCCAACUGCCAGGCAAACAACAUAAAGCUAGUUUACCUCAGCACAAGCACUGCUCUGGGAAUGACAAACUAUGACAUCACUAUAGUAGAAACAUUCACGCAACACAAUGGUGCUCUGUGAGGGAGCAAGAGCGAGGCGUGGCCAACAUGCACACAGUGUCUUCAUGCACACAGGAACAGAGCAACGGCCCGAGCUGCUGUUUCGCCUUCUUACUGUGUCUUCAGCCCUCCCUCUCUCUCUCUCUCCUUUUCUUUCUCACUCUCUCUCCUUCUGUCCUAUCUCUCCACCCCCCAUUUUUUCUUUGUCCCUCUCUCCCUCUCUCUCUCUGUUCAUCUUUGGCCCAGGCGCUGGAACGCAGGGAUGGAGGUGGAGUGGGCGGCGAUCUCGUGGAAACAGAGACUGUUCUCUUAGGCCGCCAAACAAAAGCCCAACUUAAAGGGAUGCCUGGCUUUUGCAAGUCCAAGUGGAUGGUGCAAUACGACCACCAGCACCCGAAUCUCGAUGGGGUGGGCACUGGACAGCAAGAGCGUGCGAAACCAGUGGCAGCACUGACAACAGGAUUGGUCAGCGAGCUGAACCCAAACCAAUGGCCGACAUAUGAGAUCAACAGGAAGGUAACAGACCUGGGCUGCGGAAGGAGCAUGCAAGAGGGGCCAGAGCACCAGGUGUCCAUGACACUCUGAACCGGUGCCGACUGAAUGGAGGUCCCUAAGACCAGGAGAUAUGUCCAGCCAGGACACAGGGAGGACAGGCUAACGGCCACAGAAAAGAACCUUGUGCCCUCAAGUGCAGUGAGUGAUGUGGAGGGCCAGAGUGAUGGAGAUCGGCCAGGUAGACUGCAGCAGCGGGCACAGUCUCCCGCCCAGUCCAGCCCAGAGAAGUGCUCACGGACCACUCCAUCACCACCUACAGAAGGGAAGGUGCGGCGCAGCCUGCUCAACCUGCCCAUGAUCAACCCUGAGAGGCUGCGGAUGGCCCGUGUUCUGGUGGACAAGGCUGUCAAAAUGCGGAGGAUAUUUUCUAUACAGGGCCCAUAUCCUGUGGUCCGCGCUGCUCUGAGGGCAAGGGGGUGGGUGGAACGUCGUCUGCCACGGGCCAAUCAGCAGGCGAUGCAUCGCCGUGAAGAGGAUGAAGAUGACACAAAUGAUGGGGAUGACAGCGGUGAUGACGAUGAUGAUGACAGUCCAGAGGAAACUGACAAAGAUGAUCUCAAUGAUUUGCAUAACCUGAUGUCACGACUUGUUAGGAAUGAGUUAUCAUUCUUCUACUGGACGACACGAAGGGACACCAUUGAUACGCGCUCACUAAGGAAGGAACAGAUGAUCAAUCACUUUGCCAAGGCUGGAACCUUCACCACCAAGGUGGGUCUGUGUGUGAACCUAAGGAACCUGCAGUGGUUCGAUGCAGCAGACCCAGAUAGCUUUUUUCCACGCUGUUACAGAUUGGGUGCUGAGGAUGAGAAGUAUGCGUUUGUAGAGGACUUUAGGAGAACAGCUUGCACAGGUCUGCUUCAGUUCAUCGUGGAGAGAAGUCGAGGGGAGUGGGGCACAGGUGAAGGAGUUGCAUCUGCUUGUACAACUGAUCCGGCACGUCCAAUAUCUAAGAAACCCUGUAAAAGGCCUGCCGUGUCACCGGUGAGCCCUAGAAUCAUCGAAAGUGCUUUGCAAGUGUGCAAGGACUUCCUUGACAGCCUGGAACACAAUGACAUAGACAUAUCCAUGGAGACGCCACCCACCUUGACAGACCAGCAGUGGUCAGAGUUCAUUCACAACUACUACCUGGUUGUCCAUGAUGGUGCCGAUGUCGAAGGUAGCGCAUAUUAUUUGAGCAGUUGCCAAGAUAUACUGCAGAGGCUACGUGAAGUCUGUCCACAGAUGGACACUGAUGGCGUCCACAACAUCUGGAUUGUCAAACCUGGAGCAAAGUCCCGCGGCAGAGGCAUUAUGUGCUCAAAACGCCUGGAUGAGAUCCUGAAGCUCGUGGAUAGCGACCCAACACUGAUAAAGGACAGUAAGUGGGUGGUGCAGAAGUAUCUAGAGCGCCCCCUGCUGAUUCAUGGCACCAAGUUUGACCUGCGUCAGUGGUUCCUGGUCACUGAAUGGAAUCCCCUCACCAUUUGGUUUUAUAAGAAGUGCUACCUUCGCUUUUCCACCCAGCCUUACUCAGUGGAGACCAUGGAAAACUCUGUGCAUUUAUGCAACAAUUCCAUCCAGAAGCAUUUUCAGCCAUCGCUGCAGCGCCACCCCGAAGUUCCGGAGGACAACAUGUGGUCAUGUGACCAGUUCCGCUCCUACCUGUCCAGGCAGGGAUUGGGGGCCAAGUGGGGCGGUGUGGUGGUCCCGGGGAUGAAGUCGGCAGUGGUGCACGCACUGCAGACGGCACAGGACCUGGUGGAGUCGCGGCGGGGCAGCUUUGAGCUGUACGGAGCAGACUUCAUGCUCGGUCGGGACCUGAGGCCGUGGCUGCUGGAGAUCAAUGCCAGUCCCACCAUGGCGCCGUCUACGGCUGUCACCACCAGACUGUGCACGGCGGUCCAGGAGGAUACGCUGCGCGUGGUCCUGGACUGGAGGUUUGAUCGCAAUGCCUACACCGGAGGCUUUGAGCUCAUUUACAAGCAGGCAGCAGUAGAUGUACCUCAGUAUGUGGGGAUCAAUCUGCUCAUUGAAGGCUCUCAGAUCAGGAAACCACGCCCUCCUGCUCCAAAGCCCUCUGAGCCUCGUUUCAUUCCACCGCCACCCCAAGUGCGGCGUCGCUCACCACGCAAAGACUCUGAGGACAAAACUGAGAAAUCAACUGAGAAGCUACCACCUGCUAACAUCAAGAAAAGUUUCAAGUCAAUGGUGACAGAGUUGACAUUCAAAAAACCCAGGGUGCAGCCAUCAGCAGCAUUGAACAGGCUGGGUAGUCAUGGGACUGGAGAGAUACAGAGAGUCCCUCACCAUAUCAGCAUCACAGACAACUUGAAACUGCCACCCAGGGUGCUAACUCGGUCCCUGGAUGUGCCCUUAAGGAAGCCAUUUCUCUGUGGACAUGCAGCGAGGCCCAGAUCAGGGAAGGCUCGUGCUAAAGAGUUUCCCCCUGGUCCUGUUCUUUCUCUGGGGGUGUUCAGCCUACAUAAUUCAGACAGGGGCCCCACGUUGUUGGUUCCCACUCCAGUUGUCCCACAGGCCAGUUUCCGAUACCAAUCAUUCUCCCGACACCAACAUAAGAUGUUAAGAGUCACCUGUGUUGGGCGGAGCAUGCAUAAAAUAUGAUGGCGUUCAGAGAGGACAACUUGUUUAAACAUUUUUUGCACAUAUAUAACCACUGUACCUCACAAUAAAGUAUCAUGCAACCAAAA